CGAUACAUCGUUCCGCCGGAACAACAGAUUCCACCAAUCUAUUUGACGGUUCCUAAAGUACCGAAAUCUUCCGCUGCCGAAGUUGAAGAAACCAAAGGGCAUAUCUGCUGUUUUCUGAAGCUGAGUUCCUGUCGAAUUCUUCUUCGAAGUUAAGAUCGAUCGAGUUCCAACCCUAAAAACUAUCACCCUCCGAUCUCCCUGGUAAAAUCUUCUUAAAGUGGCCGAGAUGCAGCACGGAGGCGACUUCGGCUCCCAGUACUACGCCCACCAGCAUCCUCCCUCGCAUCCGAACCCUAACCCUACCCCUAAUCCCAACGAUUUCCCUCCUUCUAAUUCGAUCCAUUUGUCUUACGCCUCUGCUCCGCCGUAUUCGCAUUAUACCCCCUCGAUCACCGCUGCUGCAGCCCCUUAUCCUUCCUUUUCGCAGCAUGCGGAUCCAAUGACAACCGUACCGCCCUCGGCUCCAUUGUAUUCUCAGCCUCAAUCCCAAUCUCAAGACGCGGCAUCGCAGUUCCCUCCCUAUGCGAAUUACAGCUCAUCUGUCUUCCAGCCGGAGAUGUCCUCCACUCCGCCGUUGGCGUCGUAUUCUAAUCUUCAACAACCUACUUCGGCCCCCUACCAUUCCUAUGACUCCCAUCACAACUAUACUCUCCCAAAUCCCAAUCCUGAUCCCAUUCAUACGUCCGAUUUUAAUGCCCCCGUCCCCUCCGUUUAUGCUCCAAGUGAAACCCCUUAUCAGGUUGGUGGCCCGAGAUUCGAUCAUGCAGGUGGGUACUACAAUGAAAAUUCUGGAAAGUAUGGCCUGAGUGCUGCUGGAUCUUUUGGGCAAAGCCGGUCGGGUUAUGAUCAGGAUUAUUAUGAGAAGCGGCCUGAAAGGGAGUUUCAAUAUGGGCAUGUUAGUGCGCAGGAUGAUGGAUUAGGAGAUGGGGUCUAUGCCUAUGAUGGCGGCAGAUCGGAGCCCUACGGUGCUCGUGGAACAGUACCUAGAUCUUCAUCUUCAUCAGCUUGGGGAGGUUUUGAUGAUUAUGGGAGGUCUACGAGCUUCUCGUCUGGUAGGAGUGACCAAGCUGGGAGUGCUGGCAGGAUUAUCAGGGCGGUGCCUAAGGCAGAAACUCAGCAGGAUGUGAAGAGUGGAGUGCAGAAGUUCCGGGUUAAGCUUUUGCCGGAAGGUUCGAGCGUGAAUACUACUGAUGUUCUUUGCCAGAUUGGUUUGGAUGGUAUCCGCAUGCUUGAUCCUAGCACUAACAGGAUCUUGAGGAUUUACCCAUUGGAAAGUGUAACAAGAUGGGAGGUACUUGAUUCAUCCAUAUUCUGUUUUUGGUCUAAAAGCUCUGUUGAUAUCGAACCAAAGCGCAUUCGACUGAAAUCGAACAGUUAUACCACCACUACCAUACUUGACACCGUGACUGCUGCAUCUGUGCAGCUUAAGGAGAUGGGCGGCAGUGAUGUUGGUCGAAGCAGAGGAAGUGCUGAUGGUGGCAAGCCAUCCGAACAGCCAAAUGAAAAGAAAAAGGGUUUUACUGAUUGGAUGAACAGAAUUAAACCUGGCAAUGAGGAGAAAGACCAUUGGGUUCCAGAUGAAGCUGUUUCACAGUGCACAUCUUGUGGUGCUGCUUUUGGGCCUUUUGUUCGUAGGCAUCAUUGUAGGAAUUGUGGUGAUAUCUUCUGUGACAAAUGCAGCCAAGGAAGAGUUGCUCUAACUACAGAUGAGAAUGCUCAGCUUGUCCGUGUCUGUGAUGGAUGCAUGGCAGAAGUUACUCAAAACUUGAGCAUUGCCAAGGAGGCUGGCAACCGUUCCGCUGCAGCUCAGACUCAUGAAGAUCUUGCUAGGAAGCUGCAGGAUGAAAUGGAGAGAAAUCGCAAGGCAUCGUCUGGUUCUAAAUCUUCUGAUUCCUCUGGAAAGAAGAUGAGGGAAGUGGCAUGUCCUAUCUGUACUGUCCAUUUACAGGUGCAGGUUCCUACUUCUGGUUCUGAAACAAUAGAAUGUGGUGUUUGCCAAAAUCCAUUUCUUGUUAGUGCACAUUGAUCUCUGUGUGGGGUCCGGCCGGUUCCAUUGUGGCUGCUGCUUUAGAUUCGUCACUUCCAGUCAAUGUAAUUGUCGUCGGUUUCUACGCUACCAUCCACACCUGUUGAUGGCUUCCUGUUUCAUAUUUGUAUCUACUUUGCUUUUACAUUGAAUUUAUAUUAUCUGAGUAAAUGUUUAUUGCUGUUUUA